AUGGGGCGGUGCCUGUACGAGAUCCUUGGCGUGGAGCGCGACGCGGACGAUGAUGUCUUGAAGAAGGCAUACCGCAAGCAGGCGCUCAUCUGGCACCCAGACAAGAACGCGCAUCGGGCCGAGGAGGCGCACGAGCGGUUCCAGGAGAUUUCUAACGCUUAUGAAGUGCUGUCAGACAAACACGAGCGCGCCUGGUACGACUCCCACCGCGACCAGAUCCUCCGCAGCGGCGUGCGCCACCAGGCCGGCGGGGACGGCGGUUUUGAGGGUGGGGAGCGGCCCGAGGAGGAGGAGGAGCUGUUCAGCCACUUCAGCAGCGCCUGCUACAGCGGCUUUGGGGACGAUGCCAAGGGCUUCUACGCAGUCUACUCCGCCAUAUUCUCAAAGCUGGCAGAAAAGGAGGCGGCCGCCUUCAAGGCGGACGACUCCCGCGCCGGCCGCAGCCCGCCGGCCUUCCCUGCGUUCGGCACCGCCUCCUCAGGCGGCCCGGAGGUAUAUGCGUUCUAUGCUUUCUGGUCAAACUUCACUUCAUACAAGGACUUUGCGUGGGCGGACCAGUACAACCCAGCCACCGCCGACAACCGCCAGAUCCGCCGCAAGAUGGAGGAGGAGAACAAGAAGACGCGCCGCGCGGCGAAGCGCGAGUACGUCGACACAGUGCGCGAGCUGGCGGCGUUCGUGCGGAAGAGGGACAGGCGCCUCGCCAAGUUCCAGGCCGAGGAGGCGGCGAAGCGCGCCGAGCGCGAGGCUGCGGCGGCGGCGAAGCGCGAGGAAGAGAAAGCGGCGCGGCUGGCUGCGGCGGCGGCGUACAAGGAGCCCGAGUGGGUGCGGCAGAGCGAGGCGGCGGCAGAGGACGAGAGCGAGUCGGAGGAGGAGGACCUGCCCGAAUUCUACUGUGUGGCCUGCGAGAAGGUCUUCAGAUCCGCCGGGCAGCUGGCCAGCCACGAGCGGUCGAAGAAGCAUCUGGAGGCGCUGGCGUCGCUGCGGGAGCUGCUGGAAGACGAGGAGGCAGAUCUGCUGUUGAACGGCGGCGGCAGCGGCGCUGGUGGUGCUGAUGGUGCUGGUGGUGAAGGGGUUGGGGCGAAGGAGGAGGGCGAGGAGGAGGCAGGAGGCGGCGGCGGCGGUGGCGGCAGGGGCAAGAAGCAGAAGAAAAAGCGGCGGCAGCAGCAGCAGCAGCAGAGGCGGCACGAGGAGGCGGAGGGGGAGGGGGAGGAGGCAGGCGCCAGCGGCAGCGGUGGCGAGGGGAAGCAGCGAGGGGGCGGCAAGGAGGAUGGGGCGGAAGUGCAGGAGGAGGAGGAGCAGGGUGGCGAGGGGGAGGAUGAGGCGGCGGCGGCGGCUAGCUGGGCGGCGCAGUGGCAGAAGCAGCGGCAGAAGAAGGGGCGGCGCAAGCAGCAGCAGCAGCAGCAGCAGCAGCAGCAGCAGCAGCAGCAGCAGCAGCAGCAGCAGCAGCAGCAGCAGCAGCAGCCGGCCGACGAGGCGGUGGAGGAUGGCAGCAGCGGUGAAGGCGGAGAGAGCGACCAGGACGAUGGCUCGGCGGCAGCAGCGGCCACGGCAGCAUCUGGCUCUGGGAUGGAGGAGGAGGAGGAAAAGGAAGAGGAGGCGGAGGCGGAGGAGGGGUCGUCCGAGGGAGCGGGUGGGGACGAGGCUGAUGAAGAGGAGGAAGGCAUCACCAGCAGCAGCGGGCGCUUGGCCGAGGAUUUGGAGGGGUUGGAAGUGGGCGGCAGCGGCGGCGGCGGAGGUAAACGCAAAGGCAAGGGCGCGAAAGCCGCCAAGGCUGCGGCGGCCAACGGCGCCAAGCCGCCGCCCGCCGCGCGCGCCGGUGGCAGCAGCGCAGGAGCAGCGGCGGCGGCGGCGGUGGACGGCGCCGACAGCGGCAGCGGCGGGGAAGGGGAGGGGGAGGGCUGGGAUGGCGACCACGGUGACCCUCGCGUGCGCCGCGCGGCCGCCAAGGGCGACAAGCGGCGCUCGCGGGCGGCCAAGAAGGCGCAGGCCGAGGCGGAGGCGGCCGGCCUCGCGUGCCAGGUGUGCGGGGCCGCGUUUGGCAGCCGGUCAAAGCUGUUCAAGCACAUCCAAGAGGAGGGGCAUGCGGCACUGAAAAAGUAG